CUCCAACUUGCUGGUUGUAGGAGAUCCGUUUACAGCCCCGUCUUGGUUCUCAGGCAUUACUUCCUUCUGUGCUCCUCAGAAUCACGUUGAUUUGGUGUUUCUCUCAUCAGGAAGGGAAGGAUUCUUGACAGUCUCUCCUGCCUCUGUCUGGGGCUUUGUCUUGGGGUCGGAUUGUCAGCUGGUUCUGGGAUACAACUCCUCUUGCCUAGUGGAGUCUUGUGAACCUGCGGUAGGUGCAAGGAUGAACUUGGAGUCAUCUCUAGAUGGUGAGUGCGGAGUGUGCUGAGCACAGGAGACUGCAUCUAGUGAGCUUCACAGGAAGGGACCCUUGGAGGAGAAGCCUUACCAGCAUGCUGCUGCCCCAGCUCCGGGGAGGGUAUGUGCCCCUGGUGCUAUUCCUGGGGGUCUGGAGUUUUAUAACUUUUACCCUGGUGGAUGGUUGUCCUGCCAAGUGUACCUGCUCCGGACCCAAUGUGGAUUGUCAUGGACUGGGACUGAAGGCUGUGCCCAAGGGGAUCCCCAGGAAUGCAGAGAGGCUAGACUUGGAUAAAAAUAAUAUUACAAGGAUUACCAAGACGGAUUUCGCUGGACUGAAAAAUCUUCGAGUAUUGCACUUGGAGGAUAACCAAAUCAGUAUCAUUGAGCGUGGAGCAUUUCACGACUUAAAGCUAUUAGAACGAAUGCGACUCAACAAGAAUAAGUUACAAGUCCUUCCAGAACUGCUGUUCCAAAAUACUGUAAAACUGACCAGGCUAGAUUUGAGUGAAAACCAAAUACAAGGUCUCCCUAGAAAAGCCUUCCGUGGAAUAACUGAUGUAAAGAAUCUGCAACUGGACAACAACCAGAUCAGCUGCAUUGAAGAUGGAGCCUUUCGAGCCCUGCGUGACUUGGAGAUUCUUACACUCAACAAUAACAACAUCACACGAAUCCCGCUCACAAGUUUCAAUCACAUGCCCAAGAUUCGUACACUACGUCUACACUCCAACUACUUGUUCUGCGACUGUCACCUUACCUGGUUGUCGGACUGGUUGCGUCAGAGACGAACCAUUGGCCAGUUUACCUUCUGCAUGUCUCCCGUUCAACUGAGAGGCUUCAAUGUAGCAGAUGUUCAAAAGAAGGAUUUUGUUUGCCCUGGAUCCCAAAAUGAGCCUCCAUCAUGCAAUGCCAAUGCAGUGAGCUGCCCAUCUGCCUGUGCCUGCAGCAACAAUGUGGUGGACUGUCGAGGGAAAGGACUUACUGAAAUCCCAGCCAAUCUACCAGAAGGCAUUAUUGAGAUACGGCUGGAACAGAAUUCCAUCAAGAGUAUUCCAGCUGGAGCGUUUACUCAGUACAAGAAGCUCAAGAGAAUAGACCUCAGCAAAAACCAAAUAUCAGACAUUGCACCAGAUGCUUUCAGCGGAUUAAAAUCCCUCACUUCACUAGUGCUGUAUGGAAAUAAGAUCACAGAAAUCCCCAAAGGACUUUUUGAUGGCCUUGUAUCUCUUCAGUUGCUGCUACUGAAUGCUAACAAAAUAAAUUGCCUACGGGUAAACACAUUUCAAGAUCUCCAAAGUUUAAAUUUGCUCUCCCUGUAUGACAACAAACUCCAGACGAUCAGCAAGGGUCUAUUUGCUCCUCUAAAAUCCAUUCAAACCCUACAUUUAGCACAGAAUCCCUUCGUGUGUGACUGCCAUUUGAAGUGGCUCGCUGAUUACCUGCAAGAUAAUCCAAUAGAAACCAGCGGCGCCCGAUGCACCAGCCCACGCCGCCUCGCCAACAAGCGCAUCAGCCAGAUCAAGAGCAAGAAGUUCCGUUGUACAGGCUCAGAAGAUUACAGAAGCAAGUUCAGUGGGGAUUGUUUCAUGGACCUUGUUUGUCCAGAAAAAUGUCGCUGCGAAGGAACAAUUGUUGACUGCUCUAACCAAAAAAUCACCCGAAUACCCAGUUAUCUGCCGGAGUACACCACAGAUCUGCGUUUGAAUGACAAUGAAAUCUCAGUCCUGGAAGCUACAGGAAUAUUCAAGAAGUUGCCAAACCUGCGGAAAAUAAACCUAAGCAAUAAUAAGAUUAAAGAUAUACGGGAAAGUGCCUUUGAUGGUGGAGCUGGUGUGCAGGAGCUGAUACUGACAGGAAAUCAGCUGGAAUCUGUCCAAGGACGAAUGUUUAAAGGUCUACUUGGCCUCAAGACGCUGAUGCUAAGAAGCAACUUGAUGACCUGCAUUAAUAAUGAUACAUUUACUGGCCUGAGCUCCGUGAGACUCCUUUCACUUUACGAUAAUCGCAUUACAACCAUCACACCAGGAGCUUUUAACACUUUGGUUUCAUUGUCCACUAUUAACCUACUGUCCAAUCCUUUCAAUUGUAAUUGUCACCUGGCAUGGCUUGGAAAGUGGCUUAGAAAGAAGAGAGUGGUGAGUGGAAAUCCUCGUUGUCAAAAGCCAUAUUUCUUAAAGGAGAUUCCCAUUCAGGAUGUGGCCAUCCAGGACUUCACAUGCGAUGGCAAUGAGGAAAGCAGCUGUCUUCCUACAAUACUCUGUCCAGAACAGUGCACUUGUGUGGACUCUGUGGUACGUUGCGGCAACAAAGGAUUGAGAGUCCUCCCUAAAAACAUCCCCAAAGAUGUAACUGAGCUAUAUUUGGAAGGAAACCAUUUAACUUCAGUGCCAAAAGAAAUCUCCAGUUUCAAGCACCUAACACUGAUAGAUUUAAGCAACAACAGCAUCAGCGUCCUAUCCAACUACACUUUCAGCAACAUGACCCAUUUGUCUACACUGAUUUUGAGCUACAAUCGUCUGAGGUGCAUCCCAGUUCAUGCUUUUAAUGGAUUGAAGUCUCUACGAGUGCUUACUCUUCAUGGUAAUGAUAUUUCUACAGUUCCCGAAGGAUCAUUUAAUGACCUGACUUCAUUAUCACAUCUGGCCCUGGGAACCAACCCUUUGUACUGUGACUGCAACUUGCGCUGGUUGUCGGAAUGGGUAAAAGCAGGUUAUAAAGAGCCUGGUAUAGCGCGGUGUAGCGGGCCUGAGGAAAUGACAGACCGACUUCUGCUAACUACUCCAACACAGAAAUUCCAGUGUAAAGGUCCAGUAGACAUCAACAUUGUGUCAAAAUGCAACCCCUGUUUUUCUAACCCCUGCAAGAACAAUGGGACGUGCACCAGUGACCCCUUGGAAUUCUAUCGUUGCACUUGCCCCUAUGGAUUCAAGGGCCGAGACUGUGACAUCCCUAUCAAUGGUUGCAUUCAGAACCCAUGCCAGAAUGGAGGAACCUGCCAUACCAGUGACGCCAAUAAAGAUGGAUUCAGUUGUGCUUGUCCAUUGGGAUUUGAAGGUGAUAAAUGUGAGAUAAAUCCAGAUGACUGUGAAGAUAAUGACUGUGAGAACAAUGCUACCUGCAUAGAUGGAAUCAACAAUUACCUCUGCCUUUGUUCACCUAACUAUACAGGUGAACUUUGUGAUGAAGUUAUUGAUCCAUGUGUUCCUGAGCAGAACCCAUGUCAGCAUGACUCUAAAUGUAUUUCCACUGACAAAGGAUACAGGUGCGAGUGUUCCCCUGGAUUUGUAGGGCAGCAUUGUGAUAUAAAUGAAGAUGACUGUGUCCACCAUAAAUGCCAACAUGGAGCUCAGUGUGUGGAUGACGUUGGAGGAUACACCUGUGUGUGCCCACAAGGCUUCAGUGGCCUCUUCUGUGAAAUUUCCCCUCCUAUGGUUCUACUUCAGACAAGCCCUUGCGAUGAGUAUGAAUGUCAGAACGGAGCCCAAUGCAUUGUUGUACAACAGGAACCGGUUUGUCGAUGCUUAGCUGGUUUUGCAGGUCAAAGAUGUGAAAAGCUUAUUACUGUCAACUUUGUUGGCAAGGAUUCCUACGUAGAACUGACUGGUUCCAAAAUUCGGCCUCAGGCAAAUAUAUCUCUUCAGGUUGCUACAGAGAAAGACCAUGGUAUUUUACUAUACAAAGGUGAUAAUGACCCCUUAGCUUUGGAAUUGUACCAAGGGCAUGUACGGUUAAUCUAUGACACCUUCAGCUCUCCACCAACUACAGUCUAUAGCGUGGAAACUGUCAAUGAUGGCCUGUUUCAUACCGUCGAACUUGUGAUGCUGAACCAAACCCUAAGCCUUGUGGUUGAUAAAGGAGCUCCUAAAAGCCUUGGCAAACUCCAGAGGCAGCCUUCUCUGAACCUAAACACCCCCCUGUAUCUUGGAGGAAUUCCACCCACUUCAGGAAUAUCAUCUGUACGCCAGAGGACUGACCGCAUUCCUAAUGGUUUUAAUGGUUGCAUACAUGAUGUACGAAUUAACAAUGAACUGCAAGACUUCCGAGAUCUGUCUCCAGUCUCCAUUGGGGUGUUCCCUGGAUGCAAGUCAUGCAAUAUAUGUAAACACGGCUCCUGCCGCUCUAUGGAAAAGGCUAGUGUUAUAUGUGAAUGCAAUCCAGGCUGGACUGGACCAUUGUGUGACCAAGAAGUUGGAAACCUCUGUGAGAUGCACAAGUGUGUGCAUGGAUCUUGCAUUGGCACUGAAAAUGGUUACAUAUGCAUGUGUACAGAAGGCUACACUGGCAUGUACUGUGACAAGAAGAAUGAGUCCUCCAUCACCUGCCGAAACCUCAAAUGUCAUCAUGGACAGUGCCGACUCUCAGAGAGUGGUGAGCUGUACUGUGAAUGUGAACCCAACUUUACUGGAGAGCAUUGUGACAAAGAGAACCACUGCCAAGGUGAGAUUAUCCGUGAGAUUGUUCGUAAACAUCAAGGUUAUGCCACGUGUACAACAACUCAAAAAGUACCACGUGUAGAAUGCAAUGGAAAGUGCAGCAAUGGGCAAUGCUGUGUGCCAACAAGGAGCAGAAGACGGAAAUAUGUCUUUCAUUGUACAGAUGACACAUCUUUUGUGGAGGAACUGGACAGACACAUGGAAUGCGGCUGCUCAAAUUGCUUAUAAUAUGAUCUCCAAAACCCCCCAAAAAUGACAAAAUAAAUCAAGCAACUGUAAUGCUGCAAUUUGUAAAAGAACUGUUCCUUCAGAGUGAUGCUCAAGAAGAUAAGAAUAUUAACUAUAUUGUAAAAUAAACAAAAAUAGAACUUAUUUUUAUUAUUGAAAGUGACUAUUUUCAUUCUUUAUUAUAUAAAAUAUCACACCACUUGGAUAUAUGUAUCAUAUAGUGAGUUAUUUCUACUGCUAUUUUUUUAAUACUACAAAAAAAAUUAAUAAAUCAUAGCCUAACAAAAAAAAACCUAAUGGGUAAAUUUAUAAAAAAAAAAAAAAAAAGUUUGGUUUUUAACAAUGUGCCCCUGAAUAUUUUUUUCUGAAAGAGUAUUUUCUUAACUGUGAAUUUGUUUGUUACAAAGACAGAUUUGUAUCCAAUGAUACGUCAUCUUGUAGAUUUUAGCAACGUAAAGAUGAAACAUUUAUUUAUACAAGUGUGCUCAAAGUUUCCUGUCAUUGCAAGUAUUUUGGUUAAAAAAAAAAGCAGUUUGGACAUUAUUGAUAAAUUGUGGUUUAUAAAUCUAAAUUUGACAAUUAAAAAGGCCAUAUUGUGUUUUCAAAGUGUUGUGUACU